GUUAGCAUAUAAUUAAGAAAUGACCUAAAUCAAAUAACACCAUAAAAUGAUGCUAUCAAAAACUCAAAUAAAUUCAAGAAAAAUCACAAUUUUAUUUCCCUUAUCUAAUAUGAUCUUGAAAGGGAUCAUAAAAGCUCCACCUUCCAGUUCCAGAGUCAAAAGCCAGCAGCGAACUUCCCUUACAAAAACCCCAAACUCGCCGCCAAUCACGCAGCGUGUCUGUGCCACCUUUCCUCCUCUGUAAAGCUACACACGCAUAUCCCAAGAGGAAAAUAUUGAAACCCAUCAUCUAUAUAUGAUUUAAGCCGCACACGAAUCAAAGUUACAUCAAGAACAACUCUGCAAUGGGUCGAGAACAGGAAGUGGAAGCAGGAGGUGAAGAGUACUUGUUCAAGAUAGUGCUUAUAGGUGACUCUGCAGUGGGGAAAUCGAAUUUGCUGUCAAGGUUUGCAAGAAAUGAGUUUGAUAGCAAUUCUAAGGCUACAAUUGGGGUAGAGUUUCAGACCCAGGGAGUGGAUAUUGAUGGCAAAGAAAUUAAGGCACAGAUCUGGGACACUGCUGGCCAAGAGAGGUUUAGAGCUGUUACCUCUGCUUACUAUAGAGGUGCUGUUGGUGCACUAAUUGUCUAUGAUAUCACUAGGAGGACAAGUUUUGAUAGUGUCAAAAGGUGGCUGGAUGAACUCAGCGCUCAUUGCGAUACUGCAGUGGCAAGAAUGCUUGUAGGAAACAAAUGUGAUCUAGAGAACAUUAGAGAGGUGAGUGUAGAGGAGGGCAAAAACCUUGCAGAAGAAGAAAGUUUAUUCUUCAUGGAGACAUCAGCCCUUGAUUCUACUAAUGUUCAGACAGCUUUCGAGGUGGUUAUCCGUGAGAUAUACAACAACGUGAGCAAGAAAAUUCUGAAUUCUGAUUCAUACAAGGCUGAGUUGACUGUCAACCGAGUCAGUCUGGUUAAGGAGGGAGAAAGUUCAAAGCAAAAUACUCUCUCUUGCUGCUCUACAUGAUCUCUGUUCUUCACCUUUCUGGGCAUAAUAUUGCACCAUUUUUUCUUUUAUAAUUUGCAUUUUGUCAUUAUUAUAUUGGCGUUGAUCACUUAUGAAUUUUCCAUUUUCAUUUCAAUUAAAUAUUAAAAAGACGUCAUAAAUUUGCCUUUUUCUAA